CCGGUUCCCUGCCGGUCACUCGGCGAUCGCGUUCGUUACCCUGUGCCCGGCCGAUUCGCCCGAAAAUCCUCUUCGAGUCUUUCCUCCUUUCCUGCUCGCUUUUUUCCUCCGCCUGCCCGUGUUACGCGCCGGUUAGCUAAGAAGCUCGCUCUCCUGGCGAGUCGAGUCCGCGUGGCCCAGAGGACAUGGGGAUCGGCGGUCGACCGGCGAAGGUCAAAAUCGUGGACGCCAGGUGGAUUUGACGGGCGACUUUCUAAACGGGAAAAGUCGACGGGAGAUUGAAGAACGACGAGGUCCAUGAAGAAUCCACCGAUCGCGUCAAGGACACGAUGCCGAACACGACGAUCAACGUGACGUUCCGAGUACCCAGAGUCGAGAGAAUCGGCACGCGGCCGCCAGACAUCGUCUAGCCAGCACGGGACGUGAUGACGCGUGAUCCAACGGAAUCACGGAAUAAACGAGCGAAUUCGAAGCUGCAUUUCAAGAAGGAUGGUGUUCAGCGCGAUAGUGGUGACGUCAGCCUUGAAGGGUGCCCUGGGUCUGAUGGGCACGAGCCUGUGGCUGAUCCCUUUGCUGAUAGCCGGCCUGUCCUACUAUCGGUACGACCAGCUGGAUCCCGAAAGCCGGCCGAUCAACAGGUACCCCUUGUACCCGGAGUACGACUUCGUGGUAGUUGGCGGAGGAUCAGCGGGAGCGGUGGUAGCGAGCAGACUGUCAGAGGUGCCGAACUGGAACGUGCUGCUGCUGGAAGCUGGUCCCGACGAGAACGAGAUAACGGACGUGCCUUCGCUGGCAGCUUACCUGCAGUUGACCAAGCUGGACUGGAAGUACAAGACAGAGCCGACGGGAAGGGCAUGCCUGGCGAUGAAGGGCGGCCGGUGCAACUGGCCUAGAGGCAAAGUGCUGGGAGGCUCCAGCGUCCUGAACUACAUGCUGUACGUUCGCGGCAAUCGACACGAUUACGACCACUGGGAAUCUCUGGGCAACCCUGGCUGGGGGUACGACCAAGCCCUGUACUACUUCAAGAAGUCCGAGGACAAUCGUAACCCUUAUCUGCAAAAGAGCCCUUACCAUUCGACUGGCGGCUACCUGACGGUGCAGGAGUCACCGUGGAAGACUCCUUUAGUGGUGGCCUUCGUGCAGGCGGGCGUGGAAAUGGGGUACGAGAACAGAGACAUAAACGGGGAGCGGCAGACGGGGUUCAUGAUAGCUCAAGGCACCAUCCGCAGAGGCAGCCGGUGCUCUACGGCGAAGGCGUUCCUGCGGCCGAUCAGACUGCGCAGGAACAUCCACACUGCCAUGAACGCUCACGUCACCAGAGUCCUGAUCGAUCCCGUCACGAUGAGAGCGACCGGCGUGGAAUUCGUCAGAGACGGCCGCAGGCAGAUCGUUAGAGCUAGGAAAGAGGUGAUCCUGUCGGCAGGCGCCAUCAACAGUGCGCAGAUCCUCAUGCUCUCCGGGAUCGGACCCAGGGAGCACUUGGAGGAACUCGGAAUCCCUGUGCUGAAGGACCUCCGAGUCGGCGACAACCUCCAGGAUCACGUCGGAAUGGGCGGAUUGACUUUCCUCAUCGACAAACCGGUGGCUAUCGUGCAAGACCGCUUCCAAGCGGCUCCGGUGACGAUGCACUACGUGGCGAAUGGCAGAGGGCCGAUGACUACGCUCGGCGGUGUCGAGGGCUACGCCUUUGUCAACACGAAGUACGCGAACGGGUCCGUUGACUAUCCGGACAUCCAGUUCCACAUGGCGCCGGCGUCGAUUAAUUCCGAUAAUGGGAUCCAGGUGAAGAAAGUCCUAGGCAUCACCGAGGAGGUCUACAACACUGUCUACAGACCUAUAGCGAACAAAGACGCUUGGACCAUCAUGCCGCUGCUUUUGAGGCCCAGAUCGCGUGGCACGGUUCGGCUCAGGAGCAACAAUCCUUUCCAGAGUCCGCUGAUCGACGCCAACUAUUUUGCUGACCCCUUCGACAUCGCUACUCUCGUGGAGGGCGCUAAACUGGCGAUGAAGGUCAGCGAGGCGAAGGUCUUCAAGCAAUUCGGCUCGAGGGUGCACAGAGUGAAGCUGCCGGGGUGCAAGCACUUGAAAUUCGCGUCGGACGCGUACUGGGAGUGCCACAUACGGCACAUAUCGAUGACCAUUUAUCAUCCUGUCGGGACCACGAAGAUGGGUCCUCCCACCGAUCCAGAGGCUGUCGUCGAUUCGAGGCUGAAGGUUUACGGGGUCGACGGACUCAGAGUGAUAGAUGCUUCCAUUAUGCCGACGAUCAGCAGCGGGAACACGAAUGCGCCGGUGAUCAUGAUCGGGGAGAAGGGUGCUGAUCUUGUGAAGGGCGAUUGGCUGUCCUUCGGGGCUACGAGACGAUGACGAUCCCAGAUCUUUCGGGGAGUUUCUUUGUUAAUUGAACACGGUGAAUGUUAUGGGUUGGUAGUGUUCGUUGUUGAAUUUAAUUUUAAGAAUGAAAUCUUUGUUGAUGUGUACCUAUGCGAAUUGUUCUCGUGAUGCGAAUGACGGUUGACGAUCCGCGGUGCGAUACUCGGAAUCAUCGUAGGUUUUAAGACACGUUUUGACUUCUGUUAGUUAGGAGUUUUACAAAUAGGUUUUUGUACGUUGAAUGUGAAACUGGAAACGGUUUCUCUCCGUUGCUUUGAGUUUCUCGGAGAAUUCACUUCUUAAAUAAAUACAUAUUUUCAAAUCUGAAGACGUUUUGUAUCUUAACAUUUGUAUAUUGUAUAUAGUACGGACAUUUUUUAUAUGAAAUUGUUCUCUGGGAUCUUCUGCGGAAAAUCAUGCGAGUUACUGUUAUACUCUGGAUACGUAAAUAUGUUUUAAUAACGGUUUAAAGUGGAAAGGACACUUGAAAUCAGCAAAUUUUUGCUGAUACUUUUCAAUUUAUUUUGAAAGCUAAAGGUAUAGGAGGACAUUUAACUACGCCACGCGAUAGGCUAGACAAUUUUACAAUAGAAGGCCCUAAGAAAAUCUGCGAAGCACAUUUAUUCGUUAACACUGAAACGAAAUAGUUUAGAGAACACAGAGCGGCGACAGUGGUUCUCAACGCGACCGGUAGCCUGUUUUGUCGUUCUCCGAUUAUAUC